AUGGCUUCCACGCCCUCCACCGCCACCCAAGCUCCGGAAGAGGAACCGUUCACGUUCGUCCGUUCGCGCCGCCGUCCGGCUCCCACCCCAGCGCACCCAGGCAAGAGCGUGAGCAGCAGCACCGGUCUCACCGGCCCCUCGACUGGCUUCAAUUACUCUUCCCCAUCCACUUCCUCCUCCGGAUCCGGUUUGAGAAGGAACGCAAAGAGGAACGGCAAAAGCGAGCAGCAGCUGGUCGAGGAGCAGAUGGUGAGGGCGCGUCAUGCGGUGGACACGUUUGUUCGGUAUCUUGGGAGCGAGCUUUGCCGCGAAAGCAAGGGCAAGGGCAGGGAGGGAAGGGAAGGGAGGAGGAGCUAUGCCGAGGAGCUUGCGGAGAGUGUGAGGGAUGUUUGGGCUGCCGCAUCGGUCCCGGAAGCCAACACGUCUGGCUCGAUCGCAACAUCCUCGAACACUGGCGAGCUAGAGACAACACCCGCACCAGCAGCAUCAGCGCCACCAUCAACAUCGUCAGCAUCGUCAGCAGCAGCAGUAGCACCGUCAGCACAAGACGCAGAAUCAAUCGAGGGCAGACCAGCUCGACCGCAGCGCAUCGUAUGCCUGGGUCUUGGCUCCCCGCUCACCUCACGCAGCGCGCAGAUUCAGCUCGCGCUUCUGGUUGUUUUGCGCGACUACCUGCUGAUGCUCAACACUGGCCUCGACGACGAGCACAGGUGCGGGGCAGAGGUGCAAGGGGAGACGAAGUGGAAGGGUGGGAUGGAGUGUGUUGCGUACGAUCCGGUGUUCACUGUGCAUGAUGUGGGAUUGCUUAAACUGUACGGGGUGGCUGUCGCACCCUCUACAACUGUUCCCGGCGCCUCCGACUCUAUCUCGGAAAGCGACGCCGCCCCACCCUCAGACUCCCGCACCGCUCCUCGUUCGAAAGAUCCCCACAGUACACCCCCACCGAGCGAGGCAAAAAGCAUCGAAUCCUACUACACCAACAUCCGCACUCCCACGCUGCUCUACAUGCCCCACUGCGAUCGGGAGCUGUACGAAGAAGUGCUCGUGCUCAACUACCCAGACGACAACGCAGACGCAGGCAGGCAAGUUGUGCUCCUCAGCAACCUCCUCACCAACUACACGCUACACAAUUCCUCCCUCGAGACGAGCUAUCCGACCCUUGCCAGGCUGGUGAAUCGGUUUCAGGUGAGGGAGCUGCCCAACUGGGAGUCGGGGAAGAAAGCUUCCCCACUCAAACGGGACACAGUGGCGCAUGAAGGAACGGAGAAAGGGGAGAGGGAGGAGCAGGACCAAGCGGUGCUACUGGCCGAAUUCGCCCGUCUGUGGGACCGAAAUGCUUUGCGAGAUUUGGGCUUUCACUGGCUCUGA